GGUACAGUCCAGAGAGCGGGAGGCUGCAAACAGCUAGCUUCAGAGAUCAGCUGGGACACUCAGACCAGGAAACAGCAACAACACUCCUCAGGAAGAUGAGUGAGGAGAAUGCAGAGGAGGUGAAGCAGCUGGAGGCUGAGGUGAAGCAGCUGGAGGAGGAGAUCAGAGCGCUGCAACAGCAGCGACAGGACAGCUGGGGAAAUAUCUCCUUUCAGUUCAGGGGACAUAUGCAGAACGCUAUAGCGUUUGUCUGUGGACGGACGCAGGACCUGGAAGAGAUGGUGGUGUCCAGGCUGAAGGAGGAGGUGGAGGAGCUGGAGAAGGACCUGAAGUUGCAGACUCAGAUGAAUGGCAUCACCCUGAACAGUUGCAUCACAAAGACCCUGCAGAGCUGCGGUCCGGAGGUGGUCCACCAGGUCUGUCUGUCAGGUUGCAGCUCUGAGUUGGUUUUCCAGGUGGAGUUCCAGCUUUCUGAGCUCAAGGAUGGAUCGAGAACAGAGCGGAGAAUCAGAGAUCUGAACCUGGCCCUGGACUCCAGCGACCUACAGAGCCUCAGCAGCUUCCUGUCCAGGGUGGAGGAGACCCGGGACCUCCUGUUGUUCUUCAGAACCAUGAGGAGUUUCUCAGAGAAAUGCAACGAUCGGAACAGAACCUUUCAGCACUUCCAGGAGAAAUUUCCCUCCAUCGUUUCUCUCCCCGAAGGCUGCGGCUCAGAGGUCAUGACCUUGAAUCAUCCCGAGCUUCCAGGCUGCGGCUUCUUCGUUCACUGGUGCAUGGAUGUUUCCACAGGGGGCGCCGUCACUCCCAAGAUCCAGCUGCUGUCAAAGAUCCCAGAGAAAGCUCUGCAGAUGUUCCCCAGUCAGCCAGCAGGGGGCGGCGCUGCAGAGGCCUUUCAGAGCCUGCUGAGGAUUCUGGGACCUGAAGCCGCCAUGGAGUCCAUCAUCAGAGCCGUUAGCCUCUCAGAGAGCGACCAACUCAGCGAUUAGCAGCUCCAGAGGUUCUGCUGGACCUCAGCUGAUCCUGAACCAGAACUUUAUUCCCCAUCCUGGACGAGACAAACGCACAGGAAGCAGACAAACCAGCAGAACCCUUUAGUCCAAAUCUACAAAAAUAAAAUAAAUGAUUUCAGUAGAAAACACCAGACAGCUGUUUGGAUAGUCAAAAUGUUUCGAGGUUAAUAAUAUUAAGAGAUAAAAAGAGGAUACAGCAAAUAAGGAGCUUAAUUUGCCGUAGAUCAGGCAAAGCAGAUCUACGGAGCUGCUUUGCCUGUUCUAGGAAAAAGGGACUAGUUUAAGUUUCUUAGUAGAGACCAAGACGUCGCUUCACACCGACAGGAAACGCGUUUUGAUGGCUACGUUGCCGGAUACCGACGGGCUUAUUAACAGAUACCUGAUGGCUUUCAGCCCUCCUGAAAGCCAUCAGGAGGUCUUUCAGCCGUCACAAUCUACAAAAACUCUUGAAGAAUCUGGAUUUAAUGAGUUGCGACAUUUAAUUUCACUGUUGAAAAUGUAAAAAAAAAAAAAAAAUUAAUUGAAUUUGAAAAAAGUUAGUCUGUCGCAACAACGCAACAACAUUUCCAUGAGCCAACAGAGCAGAGAAUCAGGAUUUAAUGCCAAAAAAAAAACAAUUUCCAACAUAAAAACCCAAAACAGAACAUUUAGUUCUUCACACUGUCAUGUUUUCAGUCUUCAUGUUUAUUUUUGCGAUUAUUAAGUGGUCGCCUGGACACAUCGAGUGUGUGAAUGGAAAUGACUGAUUUCAUGUGUUUGAGUGUCUUGUAUAAGUUUGAUUCAUGGACUCAACAAGAGAGAUCUGAUAUAACACAAGUAAUACGAA